GCCUGUUUUUGUCCCCUCCACCAUCACUACAAUAAGCCAGGCUGCCAACCAGGGAGUUUGGGUUUGGAUGAGUGAAGAAAAAUAGCAAUGCUUGAGAAAAGUGCAUCUUGAAAGCAUUGACCAGCUCAGAAAAUUGGACAUAGGCUUCUGCGUCAAUACUAUCUGUGUUGUAGGUAAGCACAACUUCUUAUGCAAAGAUUGCAUGAUUAUGACUGGUGAAGGUAUAAGACAGGUAAUACUAUGCUUUCCCGUCAAUACAGGCUUAUACGAUUUUAAGCAGUGUUUUUCAGAACGAUGUUGAUUUAGUCUAAUUUAGUUAGACAUCUGAUUUAGUUCAGAAUGUUUAUUUUUAUUUUUUUUAUUAAAUGACACCUUAUUGCCAAAAGGAACUGGAUAUAUAAUAGGCCUUGGCAAUAAGAACGUUUUAAUAAAUGACACCUUAUUGCCAAAAGGAACUGGAUAUAUAAUAGGCCUUGGCAAUAAGAACGUUUUAAUAAAUGACACCUUAUUGCCCAAAGGAACUGGAUAUAUAAUAGGCCUUGGCAAUAAGAACGUUUUAAUAAAUGACACCUUAUUGCCCAAAGGAACUGGAUAUAUAAUAGGCCUUGGCAAUAAGAACGUUUUAAUAAAUGACACCUUAUUGCCAAAAGGAACUGGAUAUAUAAUAGGCCUUGGCAAUAAGAACGUUUUAAUAAAUGACACCUUAUUGCCAAAAGGAACUGGAUAUAUAAUAGGCCUUGGCAAUAAGAACGUUUUAAUAAAUGACACCUUAUUGCCCAAAGGAACUGGAUAUAUAAUAGGUCUUGGCAAUAAGAACGUUUGCGUUACAGUGAACAUUUUUAAGAUGAUCAUCAAAAUAUAUGAUGGUAUGUAUUAUGCAAUCUUAUAACGGUUGCUGUAUAUCUUCUGGCCAAACAAAUACUGUAUACAAAGUCCCUCCUCCUAUUCCAUCAGGUUCAUUCCAUUUGAUUUCAAUCACUUUUAGACCACAACACUUUUGAUCUCCACAAAACCUGAAUGCCAAAACAUUUAGGAGAUUGUCAAACAUUUAGAGUGUUGUCAAACAAUUUUAUAAUUUCUUGAAAAAAACAUUUUUUUUAUAAACAUUUUGAAAUUCUUUAACCUUUAAUGGUAAACUCCUAUAAAAUGUGUGCAUAUGUUGUAGCUUAGGACCUAUUUUACAUAAUAUGAGGUGCUUGUGUUGUGCCCUCCAUCGGUUGAGCCAUAGCAUACUUGAAUAAAGGGUGGUUGGCAUUUCAAUCAUAGAAAUAUAAUUUAUAGAAUGGACAUAUCCCGUCAGACCACUGCAAUUUAGCUGGUACGUCAUUGAAAUUGAAAUUGAAUAGACAUUUUGACUUCCAAAUAUUACCACAAAGAUGGCCACAGGUCAACCCACUAUUAUCUAUUAUCUAUAUUUCUAUGAUUUCAUGGCAGAUUACAGUAGAAUUCCCAAUUGAUAUUCCCAUUCAAAUCAACAUUUUCAAAUGUGUGGAACUCCAACCAUCUUUGUGCUACCAUAUUAGAGUAGAAAUGUCAAAUGUAUUGCAAUGUUAGUACAUUUAUCAGCUAAAACAUGACUCCCACCCUGUAUUCAAGAGCAUGCUGUGUCUCAACCGAUGGUGGGCACAAUACAAACACCUCAGAUGAUGUAAAAUAGGGUCUCGGUGUCACUCUGCUACCGUGGAAUUGCACUCACACAUACCCGUCUUUCAACAUGCUAUGUAUCAGAUGUCAGGACACUCUAGGCCUCAACUCGUGACAAUCCAACCUUAAAACUCUUCAACAUUAGCAAAGCUUAUUAUUAUAACUAACCGCCAAAGGUUUCCCCAUUCAUCUGUGACAUUACUCUCAGUAGGAAACAUGACAAUGUAACAGAUGUCUCACCGUUCUCAUUGUUCAAUUGAUAGUUGUAUCAGCUUCAUAUCCACCAACGUCUGUAAUGAUGCAUGUUUACAUCAUUCAGAAUGACUAUACAAUCUUGAUACUCAGAAGCAUAAUUUGCUCUUUAGCCACCAUGCUUUUAGCCAUUGGGGCUAUAACAUUUUUCUUAGUCUCUGGUGCUAUUAGCCUUUCCAUUUUCACAUAACUAUCUGUACUCCGAAAAGCUCUGUAUUAAAACUUUUACUUCGACCAGAUCCCGGGAGUCAAGUCUACUUUUAACCUUUACAAAGUCAACUUGCUACUGCAAAUGACCAUCGACAGUGUGUUGUAAAGAAGUGGGAUUCAUUCAACUCCACAACAGAGGUAAGUGGUUUACUUAUGACCAGGAUGCAAGUCGUUAAUUAGAGGUUCUGACAUCCCCCUGGCAACCUCAGUCACGCUGUACUCUUUCUAGAGCUGUACUCUUUCUAUAGAGCCAGGUCUCACCCUUUUCACAUAACUGCGCUCACCUCAAUCAAACUGAGCUGACUUGGAAAUGUUCUUUCACAUUGGUCUUGUUCGACAUUGCAGCCAACAGUGCGGGCGACUGCCCAACGGACUGAUCUGCAAAAAACCUUGCAUUGUAAAUAACUACUCAAUAUUAUUUGUAGGUCAGUCAGUCACAAUUUACCCGUGAUGCAUUUAAGCGAUAAGGCCCAAGGGGGUGUGGUAUGUGGCCAAUAUACCAUGGCUUAGGGCUGUUCUUAUGCAUGACGAAACGCCUGGAUACAGGCCUUAGCCAUUGGAUAUUGGCCAUAUACCACAAAUCCCCAAGGUGCCUUAUUGCUAUUAGAAACUGGUUGCCAACGUAAUUAGAGCAGUACAAAUAAAUGUUUUGUCAUACCAGUGGUAUACGGUCGGAUAUGCCACGGCUGUCAGCCAAUCAGCAUUCAGGGAUCGAACCACCCGGUUUAUAAUAUGGUUUUGAUCCUCUUCAACCCGGCCAUUGUCUUUAAAGGGGGGAGGCUAUACAGACACGCCUGGUGCGCAAAUUGAUGAUGUUUGUCAUGCAGGGAGAGUCAAGUGGAGACGAAGCUGGGACUUGGGAGUGUACAGAAUCAUUACAUUUUUAUCGGAGUAAUUGUUGAAAAUCACUGCAAUAAAUGGGCUUUAGCCAUCACCCUGGCCGGAUAUUGGCUCCACUAUCUAGCUACUUCCCUCACCUUACUGAGGCAAGCAGGAGCUAAAGGACACUGUGCCCCAUGAUGUGUUGCCUGACUGUAGCGCAAACUCUCCCCGUUGAGCAGUGUAGACUAUCACAGUGACAUCCAGAUGGUUACUCCCAGUAUUACAAGUUAUUUCUUAUGUAGGCUGCUGUCCUGCUCUAAAUAAAAUCAAGUGGGAUGGAACAAAUUGGAGAUGGUGUCUAAGUCCAGAUGAAGACCAAUACUACAAGUUAUUUCGCCCAUCGAAGUAAACAUCACGUUCUUUAACAAGUCAUAAUUAGCGCCAUGCUGCUGUUGCCAGCUAGCCAUCAUAAACUAGCUGUGAAGGGCUCAUCAGCACCACUGGAUCAGGACAACUGACUGAACUGAGUUUAUUUGUCUUCACACUCAACUCUCAGCUGUUGCGACAUACUUCAUCAAUUUGGACAACAGGCGUGUCCAUAUAGCUUCUCCCUCUUUAAAGCUCCCUUUUUGCCAUGGCCUUAUGUAGGUUAUUUCGUGUGUUGACAUUACAGCAGGUGUGGUGGUGAGUGUAGAAAGCUACCAUCCCAGCAGCACCAUGAGUCUGGAUGAGGAUGCACGCUGGCUGGAGUGGGUCACCAAGCAGUUUGAGAGCAUCGCGGGAGAAGACAAAGAAAUUGACCUGGAGGAGUUCAAAACGGCCCUCAAGGUCAAGGAGUCUUUCUUUGCGGAGCGGUUCUUUGCGCUGUUUGACUCUGACGGUAGCAAAACCAUCAGUCUGGAUGAGCUGCUGGAGGCUCUGGACCUGCUGAUCCAUGGCAGCGAGACGGACAAGCUCCGCUUCCUCUUCCAGGUCUAUGACGUCGAUGGCAGUGGCUCGAUUGACCCAGACGAGCUGCGCACGGUGCUCAAGUCGUGCCUGCGCGAGAGCGCCAUCUCCCUGCCAGAGGAGAAGCUGGACGACCUGACCCUGGCUCUGUUCGAGUCGGCUGACAAGGACAACAGCGGCUCCAUCACCUUCGAGGAGCUCAAGGCCGAGCUGGAGAACUUCCCCGAGGUUAUGGAGAACCUCACCAUCAGUGCUGCCAACUGGCUGAAGCCUCCCGGCCUGGAGCAGAAGAAGGGGCGGCAUACCCCGCGCUACCUGACUCCGGCGUACUGGCACAACAACAGCCGGAAGCUCCUCUUUCUGUGCGCCUACACUUGCCUCAACCUGCUGCUGUUCAUCACCGCCAUGCUGAAGAACGCAGAGGGGGGAUUCUGGUACAUGGUGGCCAAGGGCUGCGGCCAGUGCCUCAACUUUAACUGUACCUUUGUCAUGGUGCUAAUGCUGCGGCGCUGUUUGACCUGGCUGCGGGCCACUUGGGUGGUGAGGGUGCUGCCUCUGGACCAGAACAUCCUGCUGCAUCAGAUGGUGGGCUACGCCAUUGUCACAUUCUCCACCGUGCACACCACUGCCCACUUCAUGAACUUUGUACACCUAUCUCAGAACAGCAGCUACAGCCUGUGGGAGCACCUUUUCACUACUCGGCCAGGGAUUGGCUGGGUGCAGGGCUCUGCAUCCCUUACCGGCAUGGUGCUACAGAUCAUGAUCUGUCUAAUGGUGGUCUGUUCCAGCACCUUUGUCCGCCGCAGCGGACAUUUUGAGGUGUUCUACUGGUCCCACCUGUCCUAUGUGUGGGUGUGGGCUUUGCUGGUGGUGCACUGUGCCAACUUCUGGAAGUGGUUUGUGGUGCCUGGUGUGAUCUUCCUGCUGGAGAAACUAGUGGGCGUUGCUGUUUCUCACAUGGGAGGCCUCUACAUCGUGGAGGUCAACCUGCUGCCAUCUAAGGUGACCCAUCUGGUAAUCAAGCGGCCCCAGUUUUUCCACUUCAAACCAGGGGACUAUGUUUACAUCAACAUUCCAGACAUCGCAAAGUAUGAGUGGCAUCCUUUCACCAUCAGCAGUGCCCCAGAGCAGCCAGAUACUCUGUGGUUGCAUAUCCGCUCCAUGGGCCAGUGGACCAAUCGUCUGUAUGAGUACUUCAGGCAGCCAGACAGCCAGGUGGUCAGCACCAAGAGACUGAGCGCCAGCCUGAAGGACAGACGGCACCAGAGGAGGGCCCAGGAGGAGCUGUUUAAAUGUGCGAACUGCAACGGGACGGUGGCCUCCAACGAGGACGAUGCCAUCGAGCUAACACUGUAUCGACAAAACGGGUGUAGACCAGGGCCAGGACCAUGCCCAGGACCAGGGCCACAGGGGCCCAACCCAGACCAGCAGAACCAAGCAGAGAGAGGAGAAGGCCCCCCGCUCAGAGAGACCACAGCCAAGCUUAGUGAAAACCACAGGUUCUGCAACGUCAAAUGCUUCGUGGAUGGGCCCUAUGGGACUCCGACGAGACAGAUCUUUGCCUCUGAACACGCGGUGUUAAUCGGUGCCGGUAUUGGGAUCACGCCGUUCGCCUCCAUCUUACAGAGCAUCAUGUACCACUAUCGCAUGAGGAAACAGAACUGUCCCAACUGCAGCUACUCGUGGUGUGAGAACAUCAAGGACAGUGAGAUGAAACUGAGGAAGGUUGACUUUAUCUGGAUCAACAGAGACCAGAAAUCAUUUGAGUGGUUUGUGAGUCUCCUGACCAAACUGGAGAUGGAUCAGGCUGACGAAGAGCCAGAGGGCCGCUUCUUGGAGAUGCACAUGUACAUGACCUCUGCCCUCAGCAAGAAUGACAUGAAGGCCAUCGGCCUGCAGAUGGCACUAGACCUCCUGGCCAAGAAGGAAAAGAGGGAUUCCAUCACUGGCCUUCGCACCCGCACACAGCCAGGGAGGCCAGAGUGGGGGAAGGUGUUCCAGAAAGUGGCAGAGGAGAAGAAAGGGAAGGUUCAUGUGUUCUACUGUGGAGCCCCUGCACUGGCUAAACUCAUCAAGGCCCAGUGUGAGCACUUUGGAUUCAACUUCUACAAGGAGAACUUUUGAGGACUGCCCAACAUUUUCCUGACUGACAUCAGCACCCUCAACUAAAUCCACACACCUAUGUGCUGAUCUAUGUCAACAGUUUCUGUACCAUACAGGCUGGUUGUCCACAAGCACUAUCUCGUGCCGAAUCCGCACUAUGCCGUUACCAACCCAAGUAUGUGAAACCGACAAUCAGUAUGCUGCUAACAUCUUUGCUUCUUCCACUGUCCCUGUCCCCUUACUGGGCUCAAACCAGUGGUCCUCUGAAUUCAAACACACCGCCCUCCUUGAAAACAUACCAACUAGUUGUGCUAUAAAAAAGGAUCCGAUUCGAUAGGACCAUUGGCGUGACUGCCCUUAAUGCUUGCCUUGGUCAAGAAGUAUAUUGUGGGCCUUUAUACUGUAUAUUCUAUCACAUUUAGUAUUCAAAUGGAUCUACCUUGCUUCAAACCAAAACAUAUUCCGAAGCACACAUACUAAAUACUACAUUGUGACAGAGAAUGGAAUUAUGUUCACACCAUACACUUACAUAGUUAAUGUACCCCUUAACUACGUGUUGUUGACAAUGGAUCUGUUGUUUUUUUAUUUAGCUAGACAAGUCAGUUAAGAACAAAUUCUUAUUUACAAUGACAGCCUACCCCAGACAACGCUGGGCCAAUUGCGUGCCGCCCAAACCAUGGCCAGUUGUGAUACAGCCUGGAAUUGAACCAGGGUCUGUAGUGAAUCCUCUAGCACUGAGAUGCAGUGCCUUAGACCACUACUAUGACACUACACUGUUAAGGUACAAAAUACAGCAUCAUAUGCACCUUGGUGGAAGGGUGAAAUGGGUAAGCCUAAGUAAUGUAGUGAUUGUUCUGCAUCCUGGGUAAGACCAGAAGAUGUCCAUUAUUAUAGGAAAUAUAGAACAUAUCAAACUAACGUUACAAUUUUAUAAAACGUAUAGCUAUUCUAUGUCAUGUAACCAAAGUGCCUUCAGAAAGUAUUCACACCCCCUUGACCUUUUCCACGUUUUCUUUUAUUACAGCCUGAAUUUAAAAUAAACACAAUUUAGAUUUUGCUUUUUGUCACUGCCCUACACAAAUAUCUUCAACCCCUUUGUCAUGGCAAGCCUAAAUACAUUCAGGAGUAAAAAUGUGCUUAACAAGUCACAUAAUAAGUUGCAUGGACUCACUGUGUGCAAUAAUAGUGUUUCACAUGAUUUUUGAAUGACUAACUCAUCUCUGUACCCCACAAAUACAAUUAUCUGUAAGGUCCCUCAGUCGAGCAGUGAAUUUCAAACAUAGAUUCAACCACAAAGACAAGGGAGGUUUUCCAAUGCCUCGCAAGGAAGGGCACCUAUUGGUAGAUGGGUAAAAAAAUAAAAAACAGACAUUCUCUUUGAGCCUGGUGAAGUUAUUAAUUACACUUUGGAUGGUGUAUCAAUACACCCAGUCACUACAAAGAUACAAGUGUCUCUCCUAACUCAAGGACUUCACCAUGAGUCUAAUGGUGACUUUAAAACAGUUAUAGUUUAAUGGCUGAGAUAGAACAAAACUGAAGAGGAUGGAUCAACAACAUUGUAGUUACUCCACAAUACUAACCUAAUUGACAGAGUAAAACGAAGGAAGCCUGUACAACAAGGCACUAAAGUAAUACUGUAAACAAUGUGGCAAAGGAAUUAACUUUUAUCCUGAAUACAAAGUCUUAUGUUUGGGGCAAAUCCAAUACAACAGAUUACUGUGUAUCACUCUCCAUAUUUUCAAGCAUAGUGGUGGCUGCAUCAUGUUAUGGGUAUGCUUGCAAUUGUUAAGGACUGGGGACUUUUUCAGGAUAAAGAAAUAGAGGAAAGCCUGGUUCAUUCUGCUUUCCAAAAGAUACUGGGAGACAAAUUCACCUUUCAGCAGGACAAUAACUUAAAACACAAGGUCAAAUAUACACUGGAGUUGCUUACCAAGACAAUAUUGAAUGUUCCUUGAUUGGCCUAGUUACGGUGCAACCAACUUGACAGAGCUUGAAUAAUUUCAAAAAGAAUACUGUGCAAAUAUUGUACAAUCCAGGUGUGCAAUGCUCUUGGAGGCUUACCCAUAAAAACUCACUGCUGUAAUCUCUGCCAAAGGUGAUUCUAACAUCAGGGUCAGCGUGUUGAAUAAUUAUCUAGUAAAAAUAUUAGUGAUUUUUUUUCCAUUUUUUUUUAAUUUUAUUUUUACAAAUGUUAAUAUUUUUUCUUUCACUUUGACAUUGGAGUAUUUUGAAUAAAUUGUUGACCAAAAAUAAUAAUUAUAUCAAUUUUAAUCACACUUUGUAACACAACCAAAUGUGGACGUACAGGGGUGUGAAUACUUUCUGAAGGCACUGUAUGUCAUUUACAUCAUGUAAAUAGUGUAGAUUUACAUUUCUGUUCAAUAGUGUAUUAUUGAUAGCUAAAUUAUAAAUAUUAAUUUUAGAUUUACAUUUGUUAUAUUAUUGGUAGUUACAUUGUAUUUGUUUAUUUAGGUUUCACUGCAAUUCAGCUUUUAGCUGCCAAUGUUGUACAACAUGAAUAAACUAAACUAUGAUUAUUAUAAAUGCAUAGCAUAGCAGUUUAUAUGAUAUUAUGAACAGAGUGACUAAAUGUUCGAGAAAUAUUUAUAGUAUGUGAAUAUGGAUCUAUAUAAGAACAUUGUAUUUUGUAAGUGGUAAUGGUUUUAUUUGUUGUAACCGACAGUCUAUAAAACUAUCCAGAAUGCCAAUCCAAAACAAGUCUGUCUGUAUAGACCUGUCUAAAGCAUAGUUUGGUGAACAAUGUGAUUUCCCCUGUUGCCUUGUUGAAAUUAUACAAUUAUUUCCUGCGCACUGAAUGGUCUAAGGGGUUCUAGGGGAACUAACUGCAAUAAAUGAAAUGCAGGGCAGAAAAUGAAUUGUUUUUCAGACAUUGUGUCUAUAUGUGAGUUAUUUGAGCAGUCUUUUACAUAGCCUCCAUUAUCCUUUGAUUUUAAAAAAAGGGCUUGUGUGCCUAUACAGAAACUUUUGCCUCUGGGGGUUGUUCUCUAAGCCAAAGGAGGUUUCUUAUAGGCUGUGUUUUCUGCCUGUCUAAACGCAGCCAAUGUGUGUUCGAGCAGUAAGCCUUACUAAGACGACUAUAAAAAAUAAAGUUGUGAGUGAAGUCAGGGAAGGGGCAUCUGCGACAGCCGAAAGUCAGACACUGUAGUGGUUUUCUAACAUCAUGGCAAGGCUCAUGCUGGCUUCACAUGCUCAUGGGAAACUGGGAAGUCGUAAAUCCGACAUGAUUGGGCUAGUUUGAGUGGUAAGGACUGAAGCAAUGUUUUCCAACAGCAAGGCUCAUAACAUGGCAGUGUUGUCAUUGUUUGUAUGAAAAAAAUCUUUAUAAUAUCGAAAUAAACAUGCCUCCAACCCCCAUAUCACACACUCACAAA